UUUACGGGAGUUUAUUUUAUUUUUUUUGUCGCUUGUUGUCCAUACGAUAGGCUCAAGGAAAAUUUUAGCGCGUGAAACUUCAAUAAAGACGUACAACGUUGGAGUGCUAAUGGCGUCUCACUUGGACAGUCCCUUUGACUUGGAGCGUUGUGGACCAGCAGUGGACCUGGCGCUGGCGGAAGUCAACGAAUUUCUCGUCCUCCACAAUGUCCAGCUGCGAAAAGUUCAAGCCAGCUAUCCAUCAUGCAGCGGAGCUAGGGCACCGGGAUUAGCGGCUGACAUGCAUUUUCGUGAUAAUGUAAUUGCAUUUGUCGGGCCAGCCUGUGCUUUUGCCCUCGAACCUGUUGCUAGACUCGCGGCUUACUGGAAUACCCCCAUUAUCACGGGAAUGGGUGAUCAGGGCAUUUUCAAAGACAAGAGCAAGUACCCCACCCUCACGCGGAUGUCGUACUGCCAGUGUCGGCUGCGAAUGGUCUUCGCGAGUAUUUUCAAGGAGUUCGGCUGGGCUCACGUGGCACUCAUCCUCGACAGAUCGGAUUUAUUCUCGCUGACUGUUGGGAAAAAUCUCGAGUACGGACUGAGGAAGGACGGAUUGCUCAAGUUUGUGAGGGAAUUGGAUGGUAAUUCCGAGGACGACUCUCAUCAUUUGUAUCUGAGGGAUGCCAGCAUGUACGCCAGAGUGGUGAUCCUGAGUGUGCGAGGCACUCUCGUACGCAAGUUCAUGCUCGCCGCCCAUGAAUUAGGAAUGACUCGGGGGGAUUGGACAUUCUUGGAUGUGGAAAUAAUCCAGGGAUCGUACUGGGGCGAUCAUGACUGGGAAGUGGGGGAUGAGGAUGACUCUGCAGCGAGGAAGGCGUACGAGUCGCUGCUGCGAGUGUCCCUGCUGCAGCCCACGAGUCCCAGGUUCCAGGAUUUCGCUGAGGAUGUUAGAAUCCGGGCGCAGAGUGAUUAUAAUUACACGUUUUCGGAUGGAGAGGAAGUGAAUUUCUUCAUCGGGGCGUUUUACGACGGCGUCUACCUCCUCGGAAUGGCCCUGAAUGAGACCCUGUCAGAAGGCGGUGACAUAUGGGACGGAGUGGCGAUGACGCGACGCAUGUGGAACCGGGACUUUAUGGGAAUAACAGGUCACGUACGGAUCGACGUCGACGGUGAUCGUGACGCUGACUACAGCAUUCUGGAUCUGGAUCCAAUCACCGGCAGAUUUGAAGUGGUGGCUCACUACCUGGGAGUUAAUCGGCAGUACAGCCAGGUCCCUGGGAAGAAGAUCCACUGGCCUGGCGGGAGGGAGGGGCCACCCCCGGACAUUCCGGAGUGCGGCUUCCUGGGGAAUGAUCCGGCCUGCUCCCAGAAGACUGAUGCCUACGCUCUCGUUCUCUACGCCAGCCUCUCUCUGGCUAUUUUUCUUCUGGCUGUGGUCGCCGCUGCCUGCCUCCUCUGGCGACCCGAGGAACUUCUGCUGGAGGUCAACAGGGCUUUCUCCUCCAAGAUUAAUUUGCAUCAGGCCAUGUCAGACGCUAAUAAUUAUGGGCUUGAGCAACGUCGUCGUGGAUCACAGGUGAGUGGCGAUUCUCUAGGCCCCACCAUCGUGUUCACCACCGUGGGAAUAUACAAAGGUGAACGUGUGGCGAUUAAAAAGAUCACGAAGAAGAAAGUGGUUGAUGUGACGAAAAAAUUACUGUGGGAGAUAAAGCAAGUGCGGGAUGUUACCUCCGAGAACACUGUCAGAUUCAUUGGAGCGUGCCUCUGCUCUCCUUCCCCCACAGUCCUAAUCCUCACAGAAUAUUGUCCGAAGGGCUCCCUCAAAGACGUCCUGGGGAACGAAGCUAUCAAACUCGACUGGAAUUUCCGAAUGUCUCUCAUUCAUGACAUCGUUAAGGGCAUGGAUUACCUUCACGCGAGUGAAGUCGUUGCACACGGUAAACUGCGGUCGUGCAAUUGCCUCAUCGAUGGUAGAUUUGUCCUGAAAAUAUCGGAUUUUGGGUUGAAAACACUCACGAUGCCGGCGGACUUGACCAUCGAUGAUAAUUAUUACACAAAAUUACUAUGGGUGGCACCCGAGUUACUGCCCCAAACAGUUCUCCCCGGAAGUGCAGCCACGCAAAAAGGGGAUGUCUACAGCUUCGCCAUAAUUUUAGAGGAGAUAGUCCUCCGCGGAGGGCCUUACGAGGUCGCGAAAGCCUACAUGACAUCCCAAGAGAUUGUGAAUCGCGUAUCGUCGGGAGAAAAUCCAAGUUUUCGACCGGAAGUUGCGCCCAGAGAUUGCCCCCUGGACAUUCUCACCCUAAUGGAAAAGUGCUGGAGUGAGGGACCAGAGGACAGGCCGAGUUUCCACACAAUCCGAGGGAUAAUCAGAGGGAUAAUGAAGGGAUACUGCGAGAACCUCAUGGACGAUCUACUUCGACGAAUGGAGCAAUAUGCGAACAACUUGGAGGCUCUGGUGGAGGAGAAAACUGAACAAUUGAGUUUGGAGAAGCGGAGAAGUGAGGAACUGUUGUAUCAAGUUCUUCCAAGACAAGUUGCCGGCCAGUUGAUGGCAGGAGAGCUAGUUCAACCCGAGCAAUUCGAGUGCGUAACAAUCUACUUCAGUGACAUCGUGGGCUUCACCGCCCUCUGCGCCCAGAGCACUCCGAUGCAGGUGGUGGACUUCCUCAAUGAUCUCUACAGCACCUUCGACCGCAUCAUCGGCUUCUACGACGUCUACAAGGUCGAGACCAUAGGGGAUGCCUACAUGGUGGUGUCAGGACUCCCCCAGAGAAAUGGGGAUGAACACGCCAAGGAGAUUGGACUCAUGGCCCUCGCCAUUGUCGAUGCGGUGGCUUCAUUUAAAAUUAUGCACAAACAGGAUACACAGCUGAGUGUGAGGAUUGGAGCGCACAGUGGGCCUGUUUGCGCUGGGGUUGUGGGACAAAAAAUGCCCCAUUACUGUCUCUUUGGGGAUACCGUUAAUACUGCGUCCAGGAUGGAGUCCUCUGGAUUACCUCUUCGUAUUCACGUAUCAGAGACGACUAAAAAUAUUCUCGACAAGUUUGGAACUUUCGAGUUGGAAUUACGAGGUGAAGUGGAGCUACGGGGCAGGGGUACCGUGACAUCCUACUGGCUGACGGGCUGCUCAGCGCCAGAUCCAAGACUAUCAUCACCGAAAAAUCGAAAAUACAGUACGAGUCCCCCCGAGAACGGAUCAGCCCUCAAUCCCCUCAUAUUCCCGCCGACCCAGAACGCCAUCACUAAAACAGCUAAUAACACGUUCAUUAAUUUAUCAGAAUUAUGA